AUGGGUGAAAAGAAAACCCGAAAAGAAGGAUCUUCUGUCCAAAAUGACAAAGGAGGAAACAUUUAUGAAAAUCCUUCAACAAGUUUUCAAGUGGACAAUGGAGGAAAAAGUGAUGAAAAUCCUUCAACAAGUUUUCAAGUUGAUAAUGGAGGAAAAAUUGCCGAAAAUCCUUCAACAAGUUUUCAAGUUGAUAAUGGAGGAAAAAUUGCCGAAAAUCCUUCAAGUUUUCUAGUUGACAAUAGAAGAAAAAUGGAUGAAAAUCCUUCAAGUUUUCAAUUAUCAAAACGACGAAAAUUAUUAAGAAAAUAUGAUUCUGACUAUUUAAAAUUUGGAUUUACAUGGAAUGGUGACAAAGGAGAUCCACGUCCGCAAUGUGUAAUUUGUGGUGAAAUUCUCGCAAAUGAGAGUAUGCGAUCAAACAAAUUACUUCGCCAUAUUGAGACAAAGCAUGCACAUUUUAAAAACAAGCCACUUAAUUUUUUUAAAAGCAAGCAAAAAAUAUUUAAUACGUCUAAAAAUAUGCUUUCUCAUUUCACCAGUAUUAAUGAAAAAGCUAUGCAUGCCUCAUACCUCAUUAGUUUGCGAAUUGCAAAAUCAGGUAAGCCUCACAACAUUGGCGAGUCAUUGGUACUACCAGCGAUAAAAGAUGCUGUUGGAGUUAUGUUUGGCGAGAAGAGUUUAAAAGAAGUUGAAUUAAUUCCAGUUUCCAAUAACACUGUUAAACGCAGAAUCGAUGAAAUGUCUGAGUGGGUAGAAGAUCAACUUAUCAACAGAGUGAAAGCAAGCAAAUUUUUUUCCCUGCAAUUAGAUGAGUCAACAGAUAUACAAGGUUUGUCCCAAUUGAUUGUUUUUAUCCGUUUUAUAUGGAACAAUGAGCCUCAUGAAGAUAUAUUAUUUUGUGAACCAAUAAUUCGAGGAACUAGUGAGGCGAUUUUCGAAACUCUCGACACUUAUAUAAAAUCAAAGGAAAUGCACUGGAUGAAUUGUGUUGGUAUUUGA